CAUGCUUAGGGAUUUCUACGAUGGCGGAGGGAGCUCUAAACUACGAUCCAAGUAAAAAUUACGAUGAUCAGACCUGUGCUCAGCAGAGAGAUAUUGAAAAAGCGAUAGCAGAUGAACAGCCAUUAGUCAGUGAUAUUUUAUCCUUUGAUGAACUGAAAACAGAAUAUCAAGAUGAUGAAAUAUUUAAACUUAAAAUAGAUGAUUUAAAAGGAAGAUAUAAAUAUAUGAGGAAAACGCGAGGUGAUGGGAAUUGUUUCUUCCGAGCGUUUGGUUUUGCCUAUCUAGAACAACUUUUAAAUAACAACGCAGAUUUUCCCAGAUUUAAAGAAAUUGCCAGUAAGAGUAAAGAUGAAUUAGUAGCACUUGGUUUCCCACAAUUUACAAUUGAAGAUUUUCAUGAAACAUUUAUGGAAGUAAUUGAGAAAGUAGAGAAGAAAUGUACAAAUGAAGAAUUUUAUCAGUUAUAUACAGAUCAGGGAAUUUCAGAUUAUUUUGUGGUUUAUCUCAGGCUUAUUGUAUCAGGACAUUUACAAAAAGAAGAAGAUUUUUUCAUUCAUUUUGUCGAAGGUGGACGAACUGUAAAAGAAUUUUGUAAUCAGGAAGUUGAGCCGAUGCAUAAAGAAAGUGAUCACAUCCAUAUUACCGCGCUGACGGCAGCACUGGGCGUUAAUAUUCGAGUGGAAUAUAUGGAUCGAGGAGAUACGCCAAAAUGUAACCAACAUGAUUUCCCGGAUGGAAGCCGACCAACCGUUUAUUUGUUAUAUCGUCCGAGUCAUUACGACAUCCUGUAUCCGUGAUGUAUUGUUACUAUGGUUACGUGGGUUAUUUACACUUGUAUAUUUUUUUCACAGAAUGAACGAGAAACUGGGGUCGAGAUAUUUAAGCCGUUAAUUCGACCGUGUGUCAACUUGACUGUGCCUAUUUUUAAAGUCAAGGGCUAUAAAAUGAUAUAAUUCUAGGAAAUAAAUUUGUUAUUUGUGGGGUUGAGUGGUCCUGUGAUCCAACAUAGAGGGUCGGUAUACCAACACAUAUACUGUGAUGGAUGCAAGUCAGGGGUCCAAUCCCAGGCUGUCAACUUUUCUGGGCAUAUAUAUUUUUAAAAUUGUCAGUUAUAAAAUAAUUUAUUUGUUGGGUUUGUUGAAUGGGUAGUUCUUAAGGCCUGUUAUGUAUGCAAAUCAUGGGUCCAGUCCCAGGCUUGCAGUGGCAUAAAUAGAGAAUCUCCUACAAUUCUUUUUUGAUAUCAAAAAAUAUCAGCACGUUUUUUUUUUUUACUUUAUCCACGCGUGUUGAUAUUUUUUUAUGUCAACAAGGCGAGUAGGAGAUUUUAUUUAUUAACCAAUACUUUCUUACAUGCACGAAUAAAUAAAUAUAAUUCUUU